AAAUGAAAGACUCCAGGUCAGGCCCCCAUCCCUCCCCCAUCUUCUUGCUCUCCUUCCUCUUAUCUACUGUGGGGUCAACUUUAAGUCAGCUCCUCCCAGACCUCCCGGUCCCAGCCCCACCUCUCUCAGAGAAUAGCAGAAGGGAAGGCGAGAACCUGGGGCCUCCAGUUGUGUUCCUGUGAAGCCCGAGUCUAUCACCUUCCCGAAGAGUCGCAGGACUCCGGUCCUCUCAGGAAAGAUGACCCAAACCACCGUGACUGUGAAUGGAAUCCAAGUGGCCUCCACAUUUCCCCAGAACACUCACAUCAACAUCCAUAUCCAUCAAAAAUCAGCUUUGGAGCAGCUGUUGGAAGCUACUGGCUCCCUCAAGAAGUUUCUCUCCUGCCCUCAGACCACUGGGUCCUCCAAGGCCAGCCUCUGCCAUGGGCAGCUGAGUCUAGGGGUGACCCAGAUACUGCUGGGGCUAGUGAGCUGUGUUUUUGGAGUGUGUAUCUACUUUGGGCCAUGGACUGAGCUGUGUGCCUCUGGCUGUGCCUUCUGGUCAGGCUCUGUGGCAAUUUUAGCUGGAGUUGGUACUAUUGUCCAUGAGAGGCGACAGGGAAAACUGUCCGGCCACGCGUCACGCCUGCUCCUCCUGGCCUGCAUUGCUACAGCUCUGUCUGCCACUGUUCUGGGUGUGAGAAGCUUAAUCUGGCAAAGCAGUGCUUCCUACCAUUUCCAGAUCAGUUCCGCGUGUGACUUCUUACAACUCGGUAGUGAGUACGGAACAGUGAAAUUCAGUUACGACUCGGACUGGAGAAUGGAGAGGUGCAGAGCAUACCUGAAAGAGAUGAUGAACUUGUUCCUAGCGUUCUGCACCAUGCUCACAGUUGUCUGUAUCCUGAAUGUUGUUGUGUCUGUGGCUUCCCUGGCACUCAGUCUCCGGAGUAUGUGUGGCCGGAGUUCCCAGACCCUGAAUGAGGAAGAGACAGAGAAGAAUCUUCUUGGGGGUGAUUCAACACCUCCAUCCCCCACCAAGGCGAAUAUCCCUGUCGUCCUGUGAGCUGCCUGAGCCCACAUGUGUCCCUGUCAGAAGCAGGGAGGACAGCGACUGCUCCCAAGGCCUUUCCUGGUCCCACAGCACACACUUACAUCUGAUGUAACCAUUAUCCAGCCCUCUUUCUCUUCCUCUCUUCCCACUGUCCUCACUCCAAUGUUACUUGAUCCAUGAAUAGAUAUUGUGUCAUUUUACCCAAUGCUGAUAAAGCAGAAACAACCAGAGAAAAA